AUGUUUGGAACAGCCAACGUGCCGUUUGUCGAAAGACAAGUUGUCUCAAUAGGCUCGGCGUUCACGAUACCUACGCAACUGAUCACGUCCGUGGUCACUGAAACUGCAUCCGGUACGAACAGUCUGGCUCCUGUCACCGUGGUUUUGACGUCUGUCAUUCGUCCAUCAACCACUACUGCUCUUAGGUCUGCAUCAUCCUCCGCACCUCUCUUCACAUCAACCCUUACAUCAACGUUGUCGCUUCUCCCCUUGACGACAAUCUUCACACCACCGGCACCUUGCCACCUGCGACCUUUCACGUUAACAGCAUCGAGCAACACGUCGCUGGGUGUAUGGCGAUACCAUAACGACUCCGCAGAUCCCUGUUAUCCGCCUUUGUGGGCAACAGCGAAGACAAACUAUUACCGACCCGGAGCGUGUCCAAGCGGCCACGCCUACGUUAGACUCGCCUUGGGCGGACCCAUCUCUUCCCAGUAUACGUCGGUCAACUGCUGUCCCAGUGGCAUGGACCUUGUGGACACAGAGUGCCACACUACGAUAACUACACCGACUUAUGCGCUGAUGCCAGAUCUCGAGACUUUUUCCAUUACCAAGUUUCCGUUCAUCGGUGUCGCUACGGCGUUGAACGUGGUAUGGGUUUCGGAGGACCUGGACUUGUUUACGCCUAAAUCUGCUCCGGCAACUGGAGUCGCGAACAUGGUAGUCGUCAAGACAGCAUCCUCUUCGCCGAAAGAACUUUCGAGUGGCUCAAAGGCCGGCACUGGAGUCGGUGUGGCUCUUGGAUGUCUCGUGCUGGUAGGUGUAAUGAUAUUCUUCGUCCUCCGGGUUCGCAAGAGACGCGCUAGGCGAGCUGCAUCUACUGCACCGGACGAUGUGGAUUCCAAGCCAGAACUCUCCGGAGACUCGACGGUGUCAAGCAAAGCUGUUCAUGAGCUUAAUGGUCAAAAAGAGGCCGGGGAGAUGGAGGCCGAUGCGAUGUUUCCCGAAUUGGCGCAUCUCAUCAAGAGUUCAGAGCUUGAGGUGCCUCAUCAAGUUCACGAGCUGCCUUGA